CGGAUUUCCGGCCGCGGCGGACACUUCCCGCGGAAGGACUGUCCCGUGGCUGCCGGCGGGCCGAGGAGGACGCGGAGGACCGGGAGCGGCGGCGAUGGACGACCACAGCCUGGACGAGUUCCGCCGGCGCUGGCAGGAGGAGCUGGCGCAGGCCCAGGCGCUCAGGAAGCGGCGGCGGCCCGAGGCUGCCGAGCGGCGGCCGCGGCGGGCCGAAGUGGCCCCCGGGCGCGGCGAGCAGGCCUCGGGAUACCUGGCUCUGGCCCAGGGCCUCCUGGAGGGUGCGGGGCGGCCCCCGCCGGCGCGGGCGACCCGGGCAGAGAGGCAGGACUCGGCAAGCCGUUCCCGCUCCCCUCCGGCUCGCGAGGCUGCCGGGGGCGGGGAGCAGCUGGUGGACCAGCUCAUCCGCGACCUGAAUGAAAUGGAUGAUGUGCCCUUCUUUGAUAUCCAACUGCCUUAUGAACUGGCAAUCAAUAUAUUUCAGUAUCUGGACAGGAAAGAACUAGGACGGUGUGCACAGGUGAGCAAGACGUGGAAGGUGAUUGCAGAAGACGAAGUGCUCUGGUACAGGCUGUGCCAGCAGGAAGGGCACCUUCCGGAGAGCAGCAUCUCUGAUUAUUCCUGCUGGAAGCUCAUCUUCCAGGAGUGCAGAGCCAAGGAACACAUGUUAAGAACCAACUGGAAGAAUCGCAAAGGUGCCGUGAGCGAACUGGAACACAUUCCUGAUGCGGUUUUGUGCGACGUGCAUUCCCAUGACGGCGUUGUCAUUGCCGGAUAUACAUCAGGGGACGUGAGGGUGUGGGACACCCGCACCUGGGACUACACAGCCCCUUUCCUGGAAUCAGAGUAUGAGGAGGACGAGCCUGGAAUGCAGCCAUAUGUCUCCUUUGUGAGGAUAAACAGCUCGCUGGCGGUAGCAGCUUAUGAGGAUGGAUUUCUUAAUAUUUGGGAUCUAAGGACUGGAAAGUAUCCUGUCCAUCGUUUUGAGCAUGACGCAAGAAUACAAGCACUCGCCCUCAGCCAGGACGACGUGACUGUGGCCACGGCUUCUGCUUUUGACGUUGUGAUGUUACGCCCCAGUGAGGAGGGGUAUUGGCAAAUCACUGCCGAAUUUGAAGUUCAGAAACUGGUUGACUACCUUGAAAUAGUUCCAGAUACUGAAAGGUACCCUGUGGCAGUGGCCACGGCUGGAGAUCUGGUGUACCUGCUAAAAGCUGAAGACUCUGCCAGAACCCUCCAUUAUGUCUACGGCCAGCCCGUCACGUGUCUGGAUGUCUCGGCCAACCAGGCUGCUUUCGGUGUGAAGAGUCUAGGAUGGGUAUACGAAGGAAACAAGAUCCUGGUGUACAGCCUGGAAGCAGAACGGUGCCUCUCAAAGCUGGGCAACGCGCUUGGUGAUUUCACUUGCGUCAACCUCAGAGACAGCCCUCCCAACCUCAUGGUCAGCGGCAACAUGGACAGGAGGGUGAGGAUCCACGACCUCCGCACUGACAAAAUCGCCCUGUCGCUCUCCGCCCACCAACUGGGAGUCUCCGCGGUGCAGAUGGACGACUGGAAAAUCGUCAGUGGAGGCGAGGAAGGCCUGGUCUCCGUGUGGGAUUACCGGAUGAGCCAGAAGCUGUGGGAAGUGCACUCCAGGCACCCCGUCCGUCACCUGUCCUUCAACAGCCACAGCCUCAUCACGGCCAACGUGCCCUACGAGAGGGUGGUGCGCAACACAGACCUGGACAACUUCACCACUCACAGGAGACACCGCGGGCUGAUCCACGCCUACGAGUUUGCCGUGGACCGGCUGGCCUUCCAGAGCACGCUGCCCAUCUGCCGAGCAGCAGACACCGUGCCGGGCUACAACUAUGACCUUGCGCUCGCCUUUCCCUAGGACCGUGUUUAGGGGAGCACCUCGUUGGGGAGCGGAGGGAAAUGGGAAGAACCAAAGUGGAUGAAUUAAAAAAACUACCGAGGAGCUCUGCACCAGGUGCACUGGUCUAACCCACAGGUUCCUCAACUGCCUCUUUGCUUCUCUGGAGCUGCCUAUGGAAAGCUGGAGGUGGUCAGGGGCUGUGGCAUUGACUCUGUUUUCUCUCCCUGACACUGUGCCUCUGAGUGCCACCCACUGUCCCUCCUUCCUCCUGCAUCUGCUGCCUGCCGCGCGACUCUGGUCACCCUGUUUCCAGCCGGGACCCUCUCCCCUGGCUACAGUGUGGGUCCCCCCACUGCCGUCUGUGCAUUACCAUGCAGGGUUCUGCUCCAGCGUGCAAGCCCUUUCCUCUUGGGGGGCCUGGGUGUGGGCUUAGAGAUCACGGUCUCACUCCGGGGGGGUCCUUCAUACCACCACCCCACGUAAACCUAGGCGAGCAGUUACUGUCUUUAUAGUUUUUACCACAAUUUAUAUAUUUAUACACUUACUGCAUUAAGGACUGUUUACUGUCGUGUCCACAGCAUGUGGUACAAAGUAGAUUAUUUUCUACCUAUUUGUUGCAUAAACAGUCACCCUCCACCUAGGAUGGAGAGCUGGGGGAGAAGCCCUUCUCCUAAACCACUGGGCUAAAGCGGGGCGGCACUGAGGAGUUCCUCCAGGUGACACGUCGCUUCCCUUUCCAAAGGGUUAAGAGGGAAGACCAUCGUUUUAGACUGUUUUUUUAGACUGUUCUGAGCAGCGGCCAUUAAUAUCCCUUAAAAACACUAAAACAAAAACUGACAAAACUACAAAAGAAAGGCCAUGCUUCUAGUGAGUGAUAACAGAUAUAAUCAGUGGGGAAAAAAAAAUUGAAGGAUUUAGAGGAUUUACUUAAUAGAAUUUCCAAGUAUAAUCCAAUAGAGUUUUGUGCCUUUUUAAAUAUCCCUAGACCAUGCACAGAAAACUGCUAUCUAAAAAUCACAAAGGCAGUCUCACAUUCCACAAAGAUACAGCCAGGCCCAAGUCAGUGACCCCCUAAUGCAAUAAAAUGAGGUAACAAAGUGAAAAAGAAAAAUGGAAAAUGUGAACCCUCUGGGCCAUGAAAACACUGAAUAACAAAACGCCAGGGGUGAGGCCAGAAUGGACAAAGAGAAGUGGGGCUUGAAUAGAAAGUAGAUAAAGGGCUAGCUGUCACCUCAAAUAGUGACCCCAAAGGAAGGACUGAAAGAAGGGUUACCAACAAAUCACAAAGUUAAACCCUACGCUUACCCGUUUUACACUGGACCAGCUUUUUUGGAAAGCCAAAAUAGACUUUUUCUUUUAGGGAGCAAAGGGGCAAGUGGGAAAAUCCUAAGCAGACUCGCUGCUGGGCACAGAGCCCAGCCCAGGGCUCCGUCCCACAACCCCCAGAGGACACUCAACCGACUGAGCCACGCAGGCACCCCUGAACUAUACAACUCUUGAUACAAAAAACCACCAGGGGCUGUGAGAAACCGAAAAGGAGGUACUUAAUGUACACAGAUUUCCAGGGUGGGGACGAUCCGCCCACACGAAUCCGAGAGAAGAACGAAGCUCUCCUACUGUGCCCCAGUGUACAAAACUGGGGAAUGCUCUGAGGUUUCGGAAGUAUUUUCAGGUUGAUAUUCCAUCAUUACAAACCUCUGUGCAACUUAACAGGACAUCGGGCCCAGAGAGUCGCACCUGGAAAUCAUCCCUGAGUCCCCAGAGCAGCGCUUGCUUUCAGCCAGCCUUCUGCUUCCUUUCAGCAAAUUACUUCCUGAAUAAAGCUGGUCUGCACUUAGCAGACGAAGUAUUUUAUUUACUCCUGUUGUCAUGGUGCUCUGACCCCCUCGUGACCUCACUCUGUAAGGUUUUCAUCUCUCGUAGCCUUCGUGCGACUGGACCACUAAGACAGACACAUUUUUCUUUUAAAAGGCAGGCCCUGCCGGUUCGAUCCCACCACUCACUCUACAGACGCGGUCUCCUGCCCCAGCUUUGCAGCCAUGAAAGGUCAUUGAAAACCCAGAAAAUUUUACCAGAACUAGUCUUCAACUAUUGUCAUUCACAGCCAGCAGCUAGUCCAAUGUAAAAUGUCACAAUUAUAGGGGUUUUCUUUCCUCCUCAACCUGUUUAUAACAUCUCCCCUUAAGAGGGCACCUGAGUGACUCAGUUGGUUAAGCGUCUGCCUUCAGGUCCGGUCAUGAUCCCAGGGUCGUAGGGUCGAGCCAGAGCUCUUCUAGAAAUCAACAUUACCCAGUGACUUAAAACCUCUUGGCCCCUGUCCACCUCUUCCCCUCACCCCACCUUACCUGGCCAGUCUGAGGGUUUCUUCACAGGUUCGGAGUGAGCAGACGUAUCACUUCUGUCCUUCCGUAGCUCUGCUGCUGCUCCGAUUCACCCCCUCCGUCUCCCCUAAAGAGAAGAAACUCCCGUGUCACUGGGGGAGCCAGAGGGCCCAGCCCCGGAGCUCUUGCGUCUUACAAUGUCAUCUGCCUUCUGCUUAUACUUUAUAAAAUGUCUGUGGGUUCUAAUAAAUUUUUAAAAUUUG